GUUAUUAAAUUUGAAAUGAUGUCCACCAACUCGCAGGUGCAGGCUCAACUGAGAAAUGAAGUCCUCAUAUUGCAGGGAGCUCUCAAAGACCUCCAUGGUCAGCUAAAAAUACCACCAGAUAAAUUAUCAGUACCAUCCUGGCGCUAUCCCGAGAAGAAGGCCACUGAUGUUGCAUUCUCUGCCAAAGACAUUGACGAUGAUCAGUUGCUUCUGGAGCUGCUAGUGGACAGGUUAGCCUUUCUCCUGCAGUUGUGCGUAUUUGAAAUUGAAGUAACUAAUAAACACAGCAAGCAGUCACCGCGACACAAAACUGGCUCAUUCUCUUCUCCUUCUCUCCCACUUUCUUUCUCCUCAACACUCAAGAGGUUUGUUCGUGGCUUUGUUCAACUCAUUAAAAAAUUCAAAGAUCUUGACAAUGAUGUAGAUUCUAUGAAAGGAGAAGUGUCAAAACUACAGCAGAAGUUGCUGCACUAUCAUGAUCUGGUUACAAAUGAGCUAGGACCCAGUGCAGCAGAGGCUCUUGAUAGUGCUUUGAAUACAGGAACACAGGGAGCAUCCAGUCUUGGUAUUUCUGAAACAAGGACAGUUAGUACUCAAACUACCCAGACUUCACUAGUAGCUCCACCAGUUGUUAACUACAUGGCUAAAAGUGAUCCUUGCUCAAAGUGUCCCACAUAUCUAGAGCAAUUGGACAAACUUGCUAAAAGAGUGAGUAAUCUGAAGCUCGAAGUACAGAGAAAGCAAGACAAAAAAGCUGAAAGUGUGGGAGGUUAUGACAAGGCAGUUGUAGAUGCAAAUAUUGCUGCUAUUAAAGAUUGCUUUGUAAGUUAUGAAAGGGAAAAUGAGAGUUUUAAGAAGGAGCUGACACAUAAAAAGCUAGUCAUACCAGAACUAGAGGAGCAAUGCCGUCAAGUAUUAAACAAUGUCAAUGAGUUACAGAAGCAAUUGAAAGAAAAUCAAGAAAAAUAUGAAGAAACAAUCUUGCAAUAUCGCAAUACUCAUGAAGUUGAAGUAACCGAGGUGAAAAGACAACUAUCACAUGUGCUUAGUAAAUCAGAUAUGCUACAGAAAGAAGUAAUGUCCUUGAAAAACUCUGAGAAACACUUGCAGUCAGUUAUUGUCGAGAAAAAUGAAAAGGUUUCAAGAUUAAAAGUAUCACUAACAUGCAGCCUAAAUGAGAGCUCUAAAUCAAAAGAAGCUAGUGAUAAGUUAAGUAAAGAAUUUGCCUCAUUGACAAAAGAGCACAAAGAUGUUUGCUCACAACUUGAAGAAACAUCAUUGGAAUUAAACAAAACCUCAACACAGCUUGCAAAUAUAGAGUCGCGAUGUAAAUAUUUACAGUCAAAGCAGACAAAGUUGUUGAACCAAAUUGAUGAGCUGGAUCAAAACUGCUCACACUUGAAUGAGGUUUUAAACAAGACCUUGAAAGAGAGAGAUUGUGCUAAAGAAAAACUUGUAAAAAUGACAGAGAAAUGUGCCGUUACAUUGAGUAGCCUAGAGAGAGAGAAAAUGUUACUAGAAAAGUCUAAUCAAGAGAAUGAGUCUUUAAAGUUUGAAUGCCAAGAGCUGCAAAAGGAGGCAAUGACAAAGAUGGAAGAGUUAAGUGAAGAAAGGAGCAAGUCAAGGCUUUUAAUGGAGUACCCGUUUAGUCCUCGAGUUGACACAAGGAUGACACUCAGCCAAUCUAGAGAACACAUAGAUGCAAACUCAGUUAGAAUAUUCUAUUUAGAAGAACAGAAUCAUGAAAUUCGUCAGCUAUAUACACCAAAGGAUACCAAUUUACAGCCUUUACACGUUAGCCAUAUCAAUCUUUCAGGACCUACAAGAUUAUGGAAUAAUGUUCCGAAUUUACAUUCUCAUUCUGCCGUUCAGACCCAUACCAAUAAAAUGAUUAGGAAGACUCCACGCUCUCCCCCUCCUGCUCCUCCUCCAUCUCAAGUAAGGUCUGAACCCUCUUCACUAUCACAGGAUCCAAUACUGAGAGACAUAGAGAGUGUGGGCUCUUCAUCAUCAUCAUCUCUGAUGACUGACUCCUCUGCUAACUUAGAAUUGUAUUAUAAGCGAAAUGCUAUUUCAGAUGUCAGAUCAACAAAACAGCAACUCUAAUGAAAUUAUGUUAUUUUUGUUAGUAAAAGUUAUUACCGCUAAACCAAAAAA